AGACUAGAGAGAGAGAGAGAUCGAUCACUGAAGAAGAAGUCUCCCGUUUCUUCGUUUUCAUCAUCUUCAUCGCCGAUUUUGCUACGACCACCUCUGUUACUCCCGUCGAUCCAUCUCCGGAUUUGGGUUUUGAUUAUCAGAAGAAGAUGAGUAACACACCAGCAACGGCGGCGUCUAAAUCGAAAGCUGCGGGAACUUCUCAGCCACAGGAAAAGCGCAAAACCCUCUUUCAGAAAGAAUUGCAGCAUAUGAUGUAUGGAUUUGGCGACGAGCAAAACCCUCUUCCAGAGACUGUGGCGCUUGUAGAAGACAUUGUUGUGGAAUACGUCACAGAUUUGACACAUAAGGCUCAAGAAAUUGGUUCAAAGCGAGGAAGACUUCUAGUUGAUGAUUUCUUGUAUCUUAUCCGCAAGGAUUUGCCAAAACUGAACCGGUGUAGAGAAUUGUUGGCGAUGCAAGAAGAGCUGAAACAAGCACGCAAAGCUUUUGAUGUCGACGAGAAGGAACUAGUUGAUUGACCUUUCUUUAUUUUCAAGACUAUAUAAUACAAGUGGAGUUUUUUUAAAAAAAGUUAAAAAGCUUAGCAAAAAAGACAAAGAGCAAUGAGAGGAAUAUCCACAAAUUCUAGAUCAAAAUGAA